CAGCCGCGACAGUUGGCUCUCGACUCUCGGAUGAUCCGGACCCGGAUCGGAAACGAAAUCGGAAGCGGCAGUAGUAACCGAACAAACAAAAAAACAAAAAACAUACAAAAAAGCCCAGAACUGCAAUCUAUAAACGGACUUAGACUGAGAUCCUUUCGGUGCAAGGACAGAGAACGCGAAGAAGUGGCAACAGCAGCAAAGAGCACUGAAAGAAAAAAAGCUCAAGUAUAAGCAAUAUAUAUAAACAGAUAGAUAUACAGAUAUAUAUAUAUAUAUAUAUAUAUAUUUUUGUGGCAAUUUUGAAGCUCCCACAAUUGUUGUCGCCGCCGCCAAGUUCAAAAUCAACGCCUGACAAUGACAAAAGCAGCAAAGUGGCGCCCCAAAAACCCAACAAAAAUAACAACAGCGGCUGCAACGACAACAAUCUUACCAACACCAAUCAAAAUACAACAACAACAACAACAACAACAAGUAAUAACAAUUGCAACACAACAAGACACAACAGCAACAAAAACAUUAAGAACUGAUGUUGCAACAACAAUCAAUGGAAACGACACGACAUGGCGACGUCAACGAUUCUGCACACUUCUGGCCCACUUGCAGUGCCUUUCGAAAACGGGCGUCACAAAUGGCCUAAGGCCGGGGGCGUGGCUGCCAACAACGAUGACGUCCGAUGUCGCCCGGCUGCUGUUGGUCCUCUGCCUUCUGGGCUGCCUCUGGCCCUAUUCAGCUGCUCUGGAGGAGGAUUGCGUUGACUUUCAGGGCAACAAGGUGAACCACGGAAUGCUCUAUGUUCCAGGUCCCGGGGUCUGUAGCCUGUGUGUUUGUUACCACUCCGAGCCACUCUGGUGCAAGGCCAUCUACUGUGAUCCGCCCUAUUUUUGCAAAAACUUCCGGGUUGGCGAGCGUUGCUGCGAAUUCGAGUGCCUGGAUCCGCCCGGCGAAGAUAAAUUGUAUCAGGAACGCAUGCGGAAGAGAGCGGAAAUAUUGGCCGGCAACAGUACAGCCUCGAAUGUGCGACUCGCGACACCGCUGGCCGUUUCCACCAUAAUGUUCGGAUUUCUGGGCAAUAGCUUUUUGAAUUUAUAACUCCAAAUAAAACAAUAGCCAGAGUUGGAUAAUCAAUAACCUUAAUUUUUGUUGUUGCUCCUAAAGCACGUAGAAACUCUCAAAUGAAAAACAAAACUAAACAAAAAUUAUUACAGUGUAAUAAACUAAAAGCAAGGCGAUUUUGCAGUUAGUUAUUGUUUAAAUUUUUUUUUAAAGAAAGAAGCAAAAAGUCAUAGGUUUUCACUUAUAUCCCCUCAGACUUAUAUAGGAACAAUAAUAAUAAUUUCAAAAUGCGAAAUGAUAAUGUUUUAAAUGAAAAAAUAUAUAUAUUUAAAAGACAAAAACAAAAAAUGCCCCAAAAAGCAAUUUCAAAAACAUUUUCGAAUACUUUCAAUGUGAUCCGAAUCCGAUACCGAAUCGAUAGAGCCAGCAGAAAAAUAUAUAAUUAAAUAAUAAAUAGAAAUAAAAAUUAAGCAACACCAAGAAACCAGAAGAAACUCAUCAAGCAAACGUAUAAGACAGUCUCUAGCUUCUAAGACUCUAUAAAAAAUUAAAUAUUAAAAAAAAACAUAUAAAUAUAUGUAUAUUUAAGGACAUAGAAAUCCAUGUAAGCAAAUAUUGUACAUAAGGGUAUAUAGCUCUGUGUAUUGGAUCAAAAAAAAACUUGUUGAUUAGUGAUUAACUAACUAAACGAAGGAAACUUCUGAUAGAAAAUUAAGUAAAUGGUUUUUUUUUUAAGUUAAGUUAAUCAGAAAAUUGAAAUAUUUCGAUUUUUGUUUUCAAUUAAAACUCACCUCACUACAUCACAUUUUUUCGCAUAUCACAUUAGAAAAAAUAUUAACAAAAAAAAAGGUUUAGAAAUAAAAAGAAAAUUCAUUAGAAAAUCGCGAUUUUUGGAAACUGUAGUAAAUUACACAUAUCUUGGCAACAUUUUUUCCAAAUAUUCCAACUAUUAUCUCCUGCAUUGGUGCUAAUUUUAUCGUAGGCUAAAAAAAAUAAAAAUACAUAAAGUAAAAAAUACACACAAGGCACAUCAAAAGCUCACUUUCACAUCACAAACCUCAAUCAUAUUGAAUCAAAUUCUAUAUAUCAAGUAGGUAAUGUAAUCAAGAUUAAACAAAUAAUUAAAAACUAGCUAACUAAACAUCUAUGAUUUGUUAAAAAAUUAUAAUAAAUUGUGCCCAAGGUAACCCUAAAA